UUGAAAUUACCUCUUAAACCUUCUGGCGACAGUACAACAAGAAAGUUAGAUGUUUUUAAUCGAUGCUUAGGCAUUUUGAAGUUGGUUUUAGUUGGCUUCACUGUAAUCGGAAGUCCUAAGUCAAAACCUAAGUCUUAACUCUUAACCCCUAGGUCCAUACUCCAUAGUCUAGACUCUUUGCAACAGGUAUCAUGUUCAAAAAUAAAGUUGUGAUUAUCACCGGAGCAAGCUCUGGCAUUGGUGCUGAAACAGCUAUUGAGUUCUCUAAACUUGGAGGUAAUGUUGUACUAACAGGAAGGAAUAAAGAUAAUUUAGAAAAUGUGGCUGCAUCAUGUCAGCAAGCUUCACCAGAAAACUUGCAUCCUCUUAUAGUUAUAUCUGACAUGAAUAAAGAAGAUGAUGUGGAGAAUAUCAUAAACAAAACAAUUGAAAAAUUCACUAAGCUGGAUGUGCUUGUGAAUAAUGCUGGUGUUUUAGAAUCUGGAACGAUAGAAACAACAUCGUUGGACCAAUACGAUAGAGUGAUGACUACAAAUGUUCGAGGGCCAUAUUACAUCACAAUGCUAGCUACACCUUAUCUUAUUAAAACUAAGGGAUGUAUUGUAAAUGUUUCUAGUGUAACAGGCAUGAGGUCAUUUCCUAAUGUCUUAGCUUAUUGUAUGUCUAAGGCAGCUUUAGAUCAGUUUACAAGAUGUGUCGCGUUAGAAUUAGGUGGGAAAGGUGUGCGUGUUAACGCUGUGAAUCCAGGCGUUAUAACGACGGGCCUGCAUAAAAAAGGUGGCAUGAACGAUAGUGAUUAUGAUGAAUUCCUGAAAAAAUGUGCAGCAACCCAUGCUUUGGGUAGACCUGGCGAUGCGUCAGAAGUAUCAUCUGUUAUUGUAUUUUUGGCUAGUGAAGCUGCUAGUAAUAUCACUGGAGCAACUUUACCGGUUGAUGGAGGACGCCAUGCUAUGUGCCCACGUUAAAACAGAAAUAUAUUAAUAUAAUAUAAUAGAAAUAUAUUUUGAGAUUAAUGGCUAA